AUGAAGUCUCUCCCAGUUCUAGGGACUUCCAUAUGGGCAUUUUUCCAGUUGAUCCAGCCAAUCGUCUUGGUCAACGGUCCCACCCACAGUCUCACCAGGAAAUUCGAGGAUGUCGGCGCGCCGGUUGAAAUGGCGGCAGAGAAUGAAAGAGCUGCUAAACGUCAACGAUUGGGAUCGGAUGAACAAACUGGCAACGUAUCUGAACGUGAUACAAGCGCGCCUGAUGAUCAGAAGUUCAAAGAUUAUCCGGACUGCAAGCCAAUUCAGCCCGAUCUCGCAGCAACAGGUUCUGCAGUUGAUUUGCCAGGUCCGGUUCAAACUGAGCAAAACAAGUCCAUCGACAGACUGCCAACACUCAACCCCCAAACACCUCAAAUAACAAGCGACGUGUUUGAAAUCUCAAGGGACCAUCCCUAUGUAGGAGGCCUUGGGCCUAUUCCCGAGUCCUUUAAUGUCGACAAAAUUCCCUUCUUUGAGUCAAAAUAUCCAGAAGUCUGUACGCUUUCUGACCUCACUGAAUGGCUACCGAAUUUUCGAAAGACCAAGGCAAAAGCAAACUUAAAUUCUGGGGAAGAUUUGAACUACCUUCCUGUGGUUAUGCUACCUUUCAGUGGCAGAUCAGUUCAUGUCCAUGACCCGAUCAGUAAUCUUCGUAUUGUGAACCAAAACAAUUUCUACCAGGGCUACGAAAAAAUUAAACAGUUGGUUGGAAAUCUGCGAAAUUGGCUUUUUUCGCAUCAUUAUCGUUUGUCAAAACGAUUGGGAUUAUCAGACGAUGCGCGAGUACAAGACCGAAGAUACUUACAUGAAUGGUUCAGACAAGGCCUCUUCAAACCAUUGGGUUGUCUUCCGGCAACCGGGAAUGUGAACUGUGCGGCCCGUAAAAAAGGGUUUGGAUUAUUCCAACGAUGGGUAAUAUGGUACCUCUACUCUGAGGAUCUAGAAAGAACCGCAUCUAUCACUGCAGUCGCACUGAAUGGAUUGUGGUGGAAGGAUGUUUCUAAAGCCCACUGGCGAAUGAUCAUGGAGGCGAAUGAUUGCUUUUGGUCCUUUGUCUCGACUCCUGUGCCAGAGCUUGAUCAGAAGGGGCCAGGAGUCCGAUUCCCACCAUUUGAGCCAAAGAAACCUGCAAGCCAGUUGCCUCAUCUUGGAAUGAUGGAUAUGAAAGAUCUUCCCCUUCGCGAUGCCUUUCAAUUCACCAACUUGAUCAUCAAGACUCCAGCCCCCUCAAGACCAAUAUUAAAGCUUGAGAAGGCUAUAGUUGACCGAAUUGACGAAACAUACGGAACAGUAGAAGAAGUAAACAAGGAAGGCAGUGCACCUUCCAGUGCUGCAACCAGAUUUUUUGAAAUGCGUGCCAUCUUGGAACCUGCUGUAGAACGUGACACUAAUGAGCUAGGGUUCACAAUUAGACUCAUUGACGAAAGAGGAGAAAAGAUCCCCUUGGAGACGAUUGAAGAACGGAUGGAGGACUUGUUGGAGUCUUUCAGAUGGUGGCAUGAGAAUUUGCAGUUGGGAUUACUAGAAGCAGGGAUCCAACCAAAACCGAAUGCGCACCAGUUGUUUCUGAAGUGGCUCAAGAGCAUUUUGUUUGGGAAAAAGAAUAGUGUGCCUGUGUUUGGCUUCAUAGACUUGAGCGAUGGAAUGAUGAUUUCUCAGGGUCCGCCAGGAUUCGGCAAGAUCCAAAGAUUUGUGAUACAUCGCUUGGCUACCGAUCCUUCAGUCAAGAUCAUCAUGGAAGAGAGGGAGAGCGGUUUCGAAGUUCCAGCCACAUCUGCAACUGAUGAGAUGGCUGUUUUAUCUCAUUGGUAUCAUUUGUAUUUUGGAAACUUCUGGCGGGAUUAUCUCCAGAACAAGACUAAACUCAUGGAGUUUUUCAAAAACGGCUUGGCCAGUAGAAAUGGUCUUCCGUUCAUUGCCAAAUUCUAAAAGCCCCUGGCUUGAUCAAACCCUGAUCCAAUCUUCAUAUACACCCAAGUCUCUCAUAUUUAGAUCAUCAACAAAAGACAAAAUCAUCAUUUUUUUAAUUCAAA